GUAAUGAUGGACAAGCGCAAGGUGAAUGGGACAGGCUCAUCUGGUCCCUCCAAACGACUCAGAGGAGAUGGAGAAGAUUUCCCAAGAUCAACAUUUGAGGAAGAAAUGGCAUUAAUGGAGUCAAUGGAACUUGAUGAAGCUGCCGGGGAUGGCCCUGAAGUGCAGGGUCCUGAGAGCCAGGAAGUCAACAUCAAGUGGAGUCGGCCGCCGCUGCCGCCGCUAGACCCCAGCCAGGAUGCCAUCAUCUUCCAGCAGAUGGAGACCGACUACUACCUGGGUGCACCGCUGCCGGGCAUGCCCGGGGCGCAGGGCGGCACCGUGCCCAUCAUGCGCAUGUUCGGCGUCACGGCCGACGGCCACUCGGUCUGCUGUCACGUUCACGGCUUCGCACCCUACUUCUUCGUGUCGGCGCCGGACCGGUUCACGCCCGAGCUGUGCGGCUCGUUCCAGCGUUGCCUGAAUACAGCCAUGAUGCGCGAGGUGAAGAGCGUGGCGGAGGUGCCGCAGGCGGUGCUGGACGUGGAGCUGGUGCAGCGGCAGUCCAUGUACGGCUACCAGGGCGGUGGCCUGGUGCCGUUCCUGCGCAUCACGGUCGCCCAGCCGCGCCUGGUGCCGGUCGCCAAGCGGCUGCUGGAGCGGGGUGAGGUGGUGCUGCCGCAGAUCGGCAACCAUCAGUACCACGCUUACGAGUCCAACGUCGACUUUGAGAUCAGGUUCAUGAUCGACACGGACGUCGUGGGCUGUAACUGGAUCGACCUGCCGGCCGGCUGCUGGCGGCGCCGCGGACACCAGGGCGCCGCCUCGCCGCCGGCCACCUCACACUGUCAGCUGGAGCUCGACGUGGCCUGGGACAAGUUCGUCUCUCACGCGCCGGAGGGCGAGUGGCAGAAGGUGGCGCCCAUCCGCAUCCUCAGCUUCGACAUCGAGUGCUCCAACAGGAAAGGCGUCUUCCCCGAGCCCGACAAGGAUGCCGUCAUCCAGAUCGCCAACAUGGUCAUCAACCAGGGUGAGCGCGACCCCUUCAUCCGCAACAUCUUCACACUCAAGUCGUGCGCGCCCGUCGUCGGGUCCGACGUGCGGAGCUACGAAGAGGAGGCCAAACUGCUUAAGGACUGGGCGGACUUCAUACGACAGGUGGAUCCCGACAUCAUCACUGGCUACAACAUCAACAACUUCGACUUGCCCUACCUCAUCAACAGGGCCAAGGCCAAGAACGUCGCCACCUUCCCCUUCUUGGGAAGGAUACGUAACAAACUGACGGUCGUGAAGGAAACAAUGCUGCAGAGCAAGCAGAUGGGCCGCCGAGAGAACAAGACCAUCAACACCGAGGGCCGCACUCAGUUUGAUCUGAUCAUGUUCCUGCGGCGGGAGUACAAGCUGCGCUCCUACUCGCUGAAUGCCGUUUCGUUCCACUUCCUGCAAGAGCAGAAGGAGGACGUGCACCACAACAUGAUCAGCGUGCUGCAGGAGGGGGACGCCCAGACCCGGCGCAGGCUGGCAGUUUACUGUCUGAAGGACGCCUUCCUGCCGCUGAAGCUGAUCGACAAGCUGAUGUGUGUCAUCAACUACAUGGAGAUGGCGCGUGUCACUGGCGUGCCCAUGUCCUUCCUGCUCACUCGCGGCCAGCAGAUCAAGGUGGUCUCGCAGCUGCUGAGGAAGGCGCGCCAGCAGAACCUGGUGAUGCCGGUGUACGAGAACAAGGGCGGCGAUGCCGGCGAGUCUUUCGAGGGCGCCACCGUCAUCGAGCCGAUCAAGGGCUACUACGAUGUGCCGAUCGCCACGCUGGACUUCAGCAGCCUGUACCCCAGCAUUAUGAUGGCGCAUAACCUGUGCUACACUUCUCUACUACAGCCGGGCGCCGCCGAGCGGCUGGGCCUGCAGCCGGACCAGUUCAUCCGAACACCGUCCGGCAACCAGUUCGUGAAGCCGUCGCUGCGGCCCGGCCUGCUGCCCGAGAUCCUGCGCGAGCUGCUAGCCGCGCGCAAGAAGGCCAAGGGCGACCUCAAAAAGGAGACGGACCCGCUGCGCAAGCAAGUGCUGGAUGGCCGGCAGCUGGCGCUCAAGAUCAGCGCCAACUCUGUGUACGGCUUCACGGGUGCCACGGUCGGCAAGCUGCCCUGCCUGGAGAUCUCGCAGAGUGUCACCGCCUUUGGCCGGCUGAUGAUCGAGCAGACCAAGGCCGAGGUUGAGGCCCGCUACAACGUCGCCAACGGCUACAAGCACGACGCCAAGGUGAUAUAUGGCGACACGGACUCGGUGAUGGUGCGCUUCGGCGCCAGCACGGUCAAGGACGCCAUGGAGCUUGGAAAGGAGGCGGCCGCCUUCGUCUCCGACAAGUUCAUUCAGCCGAUUAAGCUGGAGUUUGAAAAGGUGUACUUUCCGUAUCUGCUGAUCAACAAGAAGCGGUACGCGGGCCUGUACUUCACGCGGCCCGAGGUGCACGACAAGAUGGAUUGCAAGGGCAUCGAGACUGUGCGGCGCGACAACUGCCCCCUGCUCGGCAACCUCAUCAACGUCUGCCUGCAAAAGCUACUCAUCGAACGGAACCCGGACGGCGCCGUGGAGCACGCGAAACAGGUGAUCUCCGAUCUGCUCUGCAACCGGAUUGACAUUAGUCAGCUGGUGAUCAGCAAGGAGCUGACCAAGACGGACGCCGACUACAGCGCCAAGCAGGCGCACGUCCAGCUGGCGCACAAGAUGCGCAAGCGCGACCCGGGCAACGCUCCCAAGCUGGGCGACCGCGUGCCGUAUGUCAUCAUAGCCGCGCCCAAGAACACGCCCGCCUACGACAAGGCCGAGGACCCGAUCUAUGUGCUGGACAACAGCGUGCCGAUCGACUCGCAGUACUACCUGGAGAACCAGCUGAGCAAGCCGCUGCUGCGUGUCUUCGAGCCGAUCCUGGGCGAGAACAAGGCAGAGUCGAUACUGCUCAAGGGCGAGCACACCCGAACUAAGAAGGUGGUGACCUCCAAGGUGGGCAAGCUAUUUGCCUUUACCAAGAAGUCGGCGCAGUGCCUGAGCUGCAAGGCAGUGUUGAAAGACGAGUCGCAGGCGGUGUGCGAGUACUGCAAGCCGAAGGAGGCGGAGGUGUACCAGCGAGAGAUGACAGCGCUCUCCGCGCUGGAGACCAAGUUCGGGCGGCUGUGGACGCAAUGUCAGCGGUGCCAGGGCAGCCUCCACGAGGAGGUCAUCUGUACCAGCCGCGACUGUGCGAUCUUCUACAUGCGGAAGAAGGUGCAGAAGGACCUGUCGGAGCAGGAGAAGCGCAUGGAGCGGUUCGGGGUCCCGUCAUGGUGAGCCGGCCCCAGCGCCGCUCCGAGGCCAUGUGCUGUGAUGAGCACCCGCAGCUCGGCGGCUCGACCCUGACUCGCGCCACCGGCCGUGGUGUGUCCGCGCUCCUCGCUGUCCGUGUGCGGGGCGGGAGCGCCCGGUCCUGUCAUCAGCCGCCUGACUCGCGCCGCUGGCCGUGGUGUGUCCGCGCUCCUCGCUGUCCGUGUGCGGGGCAGGAGCGCCCGGUCGUGCCGCGCGCCUCCCAGAGUUGUGCCGGUUAUGUUCUGCAGCGUCCGGUCACAGGCUGACAGGGGGACCGUCCCUCCUACUGUGACCUCGUGACCCAGUGGUCACGGCAGCCAUGUGUGCCACGACCGUCCCGAGCGCAGCCGACUCGACAGCCGGCCGCACUGUAUGUGUGUGUGUGUGGUGCUCGGCUUCCUGGUGAGCUGAGUCGGUGCCUUUGUACAAUAUACGUCGCUUAGACGCUG